AUGUCAACCAACAAUAAGAAGGGUCUCACAGUUACGAUUGAAAGACGAAACACAGACGACUCGACCUCAUCAGAAGUCAAGACACCUCGCACAGCACGCUUUGCUGAAGCAACAUCGGUGUACUCACCCAUCGACGCACCAAAGUCGCCAUUUGCGUACCCUACCACCCACUACAAGCCGCAACCUCAAGUGUCAGACGUAGGCUUCGGCUACGUCCAGUCAGUUGAGAUGGAGGAAACAGAUAGGACUUAUCUCCCUCCCCCAACACCAAGGGGUGCCCCCCUGAAGAGUGCGUUGAAGUCGCCUGGUGCGCCACCACGGACACCUGGUCGGCCCAGCAUGAUAUUGAGCCCUACCUUCAAGGAGGAACGGGAUCUCGAGAAACAAGAAUCGUCUCUGGAGAAGGAGCAGGCAAAGGACAUUAAAGUCAAGGUCCGAGUAAGGAUCGCAAAGAUCUUCCUUCGUGGCAUCAACUUCGCUUGCAGUCUCAUUGUCCUUUCCAUGCUCGCAACAGCUCUCACUAUUUUCCACGCAACAAAGUCACUACCAAAGCGCAACAACCUUCCACCGUGGGCCGAAAACACAAAGACUUGGCCUCAGAUCCUCCUCCUGGUCAUCGCUAUUAUCUCGCUCGUCAUGUCUGUCACGGUUAUGAUCGCAUACUGCCGGGGAGGUCACAACCGAGCCGAGAAAGUUGCCGCCUACUACACCAUUUUCGCCGUUGGAUUCUUCAUCUUCAGCAUCAUCAUGUGGGCUGUAGGCGCAGCUGUCCUCAAUCAAAGUAAAGCGCAGAACAACAACAAGGAUAUGUGGGGUUGGUCCUGCGUCGACAACAAAAGACGGCACCUGUUUGAAGAUGAUAUAUCUUACAGCCUUGUCUGCCGCCUUCAGAACUGGGCACUUGUCUGCUGCAUCAUUGAAGUCGUCAUCGAGGUCCUCUGCAUCGUCAUCUAUGGCAUCGUCUUCUACCGUUUCUGGUCCAAGAGGAAGCUCAGGAAGUCUAUGGCUGUCCGCGACAAGGCCCGCUCCGAUCUUUACCUUGCCCAGCUCCGCUCGCAGUCAGCACCAAACACCCCAGGAUUUGGUCCGCUUUCGCCCCGCUCAGGCGGCUGGCGUCCACCUCCAGGACAUCCUGAUUACGUGGACCCUAAUGGCAUGGCUCACGACAGCGAGGAUGGCAAGGUCCAGUACGCUCAGAUCCGUGAGAUUGUUCAGCCACAACCGUUCACAUUGCAAGCGCCGCCAAUCAAGGUCACUGGUGCAACACCAAAGAUCAGUCAGGACGGCUUCGACGCGCCUGCGCGCACACAGACUGUCUCACCACCAAUGCCUCUUCUAUCUCCAGGACCAGAGAGACAUAACGACCACAUGGCCGCCGCACCGGGUGAGCAGCAGUACGCUGCUGUCCCCAUCCCGGGAGCUUACACACCACUGGCAUCGCCCUCAUACCCGCCGCCCCAACAACAACAGGGGUUCGACUUCGGUCCCAACAUGACGCGAUAA